CUCUUUUUUCUUUUUUAUUCUUGUAAUAAAUAGGACCCCUUUUUUUUUAUAUAUGAUGUCCGAUUACAAUAACAAUAAUUUUUCGCUGCAAAAAGAUGCAGCAAAGACAGUUCAACUUUACCAUCAUGAGCAGGUCCCAUUUCAUUCGUUUUCACGUCAAUCAAUAAGCACCAAUAGUAAUAACAAUAGCAACAAUAAUAAUAAUAUGAUGACCAGCAUCAACUUGACUUCACCACUUAUGAGCAACACAAAGCAAGAAUCUCAACAGCAACAACAACAACAAAACCCUGCUUCAGGGGAUCUUCAAGAAAUCAUUUAUAGUUAUCAAUCACAACCCGAACUAUUGCGAUUGAUUCUAUUAAGUAAACUUGAAGAAGACAAAAGACGAGCAGAAGAAGCCAAAUUGAGGGCUAAAGAACUUGAUCUCUUGUUAAUUCAGCAACAGCAGCAGCAACAGCAACAACAGCAGCAAAUUUUGAACAAUAAUAACACUCAUCAAAUUGGCAAUACAAACGAUACUGCAAACAAUAAUGAUCCCACUAUGUCUCUUUCUUCUUCAUUUCCACAACAUACGACAAAUUUUAAUAUACAACCUACACCACCUAUGAGUAGCAGUUCUUCUACAGAUGGACGAAUGUUCAAUCAUUUGAGACGCACAAGCCUAGAUGCCAUUUUGUCAUCCCCCACGCAUUGUGCACCUAACCAUCCAUUAAUGCCACAGCAACAUAGACGGGAUUCUACGAUUGGUUCAUCAUUUACUGGUAGUGCUGAUUCCGAUGAAUUUGACGACCGCACAUUUUCUCCAAUCCCCACAUCAAAUACCCCAGUCUCCGCAUCAUCCCUUCUACAUAUGGAAAGGUAAGGAAAUUCCCGUCUACCCCACGAUAUACUCCUUCUUUCCCCGAGUCAGAACCCUUGUCCCGAGAAAUUAAAUUACUAAUAUAAACUUUAAAUAUAUAGUUACCAUACUGCUGCAGUCAUGUCGUCACUACACAACACUAACAAUAAGCAACAUCCUCUCUCUCCAGAUUAUCGCCUUGAAAAUGAUGUAUUUGCACAACAACAACAACAACA